AAGCGUCCUUCCUUUACCUGAUCGGACCAGACGAACAACAAGCGCCAGCGGCUCACUGGAACCACUAGACUUCUUCCAGUUAUCAUGAUUCCACUGUCCCGGUCGUCUUUGGUGUUUUUUUUGUUUGGGAUUCAGGCUGUUGUUGUGGUAAGAACUCAUCUGUUGCGGCAUAAAAGAGAGUGGGUUCUCCCUCCAGUACCUUUGACGGAAAAUCAAGACUACACUCAAAAGGAAUUUAUUGCCAAGAUCCGAUCAGACCGAGAGGUUGGGAAAAAUGUUAUUUACUCCUUAGAGGGUGUCGGAGCAAACCAGUACCCAUUUCAUGUGUUUGUGGUUGACCCUCAUAAUGGAAACGUUCGAGUGACCAGAAAGCUUGACAGGGAGGAGAUUGCCCUGUACAAACUCGCUGGUUUUGCUAAAUUCUCAAAUGGCAGCGAAGCAGAGCCAAAAAUUGACCUGCAAAUUAAGGUCUUAGAUGAGAAUGACAACGCUCCGACAUUUGAGUCAUCGGUGCUGACAGCUGAGGUGGACGAGCUUACUCCUAUAGGGAAUUCAGUUAUGACAGUUAUCGCCACUGAUAAAGAUGAUAACACAACGGAUCAUGCUAAGAUCGCCUACUUCAUAAUAAAACAGGAACCUCGUGAUUAUUUCAGCAUGACCAAAGAUGGCACAAUCCAUGUGAAGAAUGUCUUGGACAGAGAAAAAGAUAACAUAGUCCUGCUGACAGUGACUGGUCAAGAUAUGUACGGUGCACCAGGGGGAUACAUUGCAACAGCCACCGUCACUAUCAACAUUCGGGACCUGAAUGACAAUCCCCCAACUUUGGAAAAUGAAGCAUAUGAAGGAUCCAUCGACGAGAACACACAAGGUGUUGAGGUGAUGAGGAUCAAAGCACAGGAUCUGGACAUUGAGCAGGAGAACAGGGAAGCUGUUUUUGAAAUCGUCCAAGGCAAUGAAGAUGGAUAUUUCAGCAUAAAAACUGAUCCUGUUACCAAUGAGGGUAUCCUGUUUCUUGAGAAGUCUGUUGACUUUGAGAACGUAAAAGGCAUGGAUCUGGGGAUAGCAGUGCGGAACAAGGCUCCACUAGUUGAUGGGUCUGCUUCAGCUAGUGGAGCUAAUAUAGGUUUUGGAGGAGGAGCCGGUGGUGCCGGUGGUGCCGGUGGUGCCAGCAGUGCCGGUGGUGCCGGUGGUGCCAGCAGUGCCGGUGGUGCCGGUGGUGCCAGUGGGGCUAGUGGUGCCAGUGGGGCUAGUGGUGCCAGCGGGGCUAGUGGUGCCUCGGGUGGCAAAUUUAAAACUUAUCCAAUAAAAAUCAAUGUAAAAAACCAACCAGAAGGACCGCAUUUUGAGCCCCAAGUCAAAUCUAUCCCCAUCAAGGAGGGAACGGCCAUCGACAUGAAUAAAGUGAUUGCCAGAUAUCCUGCAAUCGAUGGAGAUACUGGGGAACCAGCAGAGGAUGUCAAAUAUUUAAAAGGCUCAGACCCUCAGAACUGGCUCAGCAUUGACCCCAAGACAGCUGACAUCAAACUGAACAAGAUCCCUGACAGGGAAUCCCCAUUCCUGGUCAACGGGGUGUACAUGGCUGAAAUACUCUGCAUCACCGAAGGGAUGCCAAGUAAAACAGCGACUGGCACCGUAGCCAUCCAGGUGGAGGAUUUCAAUGACCACUGCCCUGAGCUGACCAGCAACGUCAUGUCUGUGUGCAAAUCCAACAAGACAAUCAUUGUUAAUGCCAAAGAUGAAGAUGCAUUUCCUAAUGGCCCACCUUUUAAGUUUUCCAUUCUCCCUGGGAGCACAACAGUAGAUUGGAAAAUUAGGCCCUACAACGAUACCGCAGUAGCUCUGACCACAUCUGAUGUUGUGUGGUCUACCGUCAGCGAGCUGAUGCUUGUGGUGGAAGACCAACAGAAACUCUCCUGUCCAAAACCACAAAAACUCAAACUCUUUUUCUGUGACUGUACGAAAACAUCGGACUGUUCAAACACAGAAGCCAUGAUUGGGCAAAAAACAGCAUUAGGACCUGUGGGCCUUGGAGUUCUUUUUCUGGGACUUUUGGCCAUACUACUCAUUCCCUUUCUGAUGAUCAUAACCAUGUGUGGGAAAACCCCAUUUACUAAGCUGACCUUUGAACCAAAACAACAACUCAUACCAUACAACACUGAGUGCCAAGGAGAACUAUUGGAAAACCUGGUGAUAAAAUGUCCUCCACAAAGUCAAAAAUGUGACUUUGGCUUUGCACAAAUGGAACAAACUCCAGAGUUUGCAGAGGAGCAGGUUGUUGCUUCCAUGAACCCAGGCGCUUCCAGUCAGUACAGAUCGUUUGGGUUACGUACCUGGGAGAAAAGCACCUCUCACUUUGAGUCUGAAGGUGGACAGACAAGAGGAGGAGCUGCAACAGAAUGUUUCAGUGAGAUGUUGCCAGACAGCUGCCUGAGAGAAUACUUCGACAACAAGCUUACCAGUGGAGAUGAGAAGAUUGUGCAAACAGAUCACAUUUUGGUGUUUGACUAUGAAGGCAAUAACUCCUCUGCUGGCUCUGUUGACUGCUGCAACAAUUUGGAAGAAAACUAUGACCUGCGGUUCCUUGAUGAUCUUGGACCAAGCUUUAAAACACUUGCUGAGAUAUGUGGAGGUAAAAUAGUCCAAACUGAGACAACACAGGUGGACACUCCUCUACCUAAACCUUCUGUCAAUAGCAUUCAAGUGUCAGUACCAAAGUUGGCAACAAGCCAAGAGAUGUCCUUGCCAUCCAAAGUGCAGCCAGCUAAGUUCACAACUGAGCAGACUUUAAUCAGUAAAACCAAUAAAACAACUGAGCAUGCUAAAAUAAGGGAGAGCAAGGCCACAGUGAGGGAAGGGAUGACCUCAGUGGAAACAGGGAAGUCACAGAACCAGAUGCUAGUUGUAAACCAACAGCAACCUGUCUAUUUCAGCUGUGCACCCAUGCUGCAGCCCAUUCAAUAUGUUGUUCAGCAGCCACUUCAGAAUGCCAUGAUACUAGCUGAAACACCUGGCCCUAACCUUCAGCACAUGGUAAUGGUUAAUGGCACUGAUUUUGCCUCAUCCCAGGGAGUUAUUGUUCAAGGCCAAACAAUGAUGCCUAGUGGCCAAUCCCAGAGCCUUGGGGCAGUUCUGGUGGACAGCAAUGGGAUCCAAGGAUCCACUGGCAACAUCGUCCAUGCAGGAAACUUCUCUGGCGCCCAAAAUAUGAUGGUUGUUGAAAGCCAGGUCCCUGUAGGAACAGUGAAAGUAUUAAAUGGGAAUGAGGCUAGCCUCAUUCAAGGUGGUACAAUGCUAAAUGACUUGUCAAGAUGUCAGACAAUGUUGACAAUUGGGGAGUCAAGCAGCAUAGGACAGCAGCUUCAGGAUGGAAAAGGUGCCUUCCAAACAGCUGAAGUCACUGGGGUUCAAAAAGUUCAUGACCUCAGUGUUGGGGAGUCCAGUUGCUCUAAGAGUCGCACCUCUUCCAACACACUCACUACAACCCAUACUACUCAUAAAACUGUUGUGCAGUAGUCAGGAGAACUAAGAUACAAUGCCUGUCAGGUGGUCAACAGACAAUAGGGUGUGGUCUAUGGUGAUGGGAGUUCAUAUUAGACAUAUGUUAAGGUCAAAGCUGUACUGCAGUUAGUAUUUGAAUCUGUGCCCAUUAAAUUGAGCUAAAAUGCCAUAAUCUUUGUUCUGGCAUAACCUCUAAAUUUUCACUACCUAAAUUACCAUGCAAUUAUAGUUGAAAGACAUCAUUAGAAUGUUCUACCAUUGCACUCGACUUCUCCUGACCUAAACUGAAUGGGACCAAUAGAGGUAUCUGUAUUGGGAAGGCCUCAUUCAAGGUGGGACAAUGCCUGUAAACCUUUUCAUCUACAAAAUCAAAAAUAAACCUUGGUUUUUUUUAAACUUGCACCAUUAUUGCAUAGCUAAUAGUAACAGUGAUGGGAAUUCUCUUUUGUAUGAUUUUGAAAAGAAUGGCAACAGCAAAGACCAAAAACUGAUCCCAUCUGGUUUAUUCUAAUCUGUAGAGCACAUUGUAUUCAUUUGCUGCAAUUAUUGGCUUGUUUGUUAGCGUAAUACUGUCUGGGACAUCUUAUCUGUCUACAAAUAUCCAUGCUGUUUCUGUAGCUCAAGACUGCUCUGGGGAUGAGAUGACUCUGUCUUACACACACACUCAUACACUCACACUUUUUUCAUUAAGAGUAUUUUGUCAGGUUUCAGAGUUAUUUUUUAUGUUUAUUAGUCAGUACCAUUCUGUUAGGUGGUUAAAUUCUUUUUCUUUAAACAGUCUAAAUGCUGAAAUUAGGGGCUUUCUCUUAUGGUUAUAAUAUGUUUAUAAAUAUUGAGACUUCAAAUAAAGAAAUAUAUGCUUGUCAUUCUGUAAACAUUGGAUGCAGCAAAAGAGCAAGUUUGAUAAUAAAGAUGAUUUACUGUUCAA